CAACCCAUCGCUUUACAGAUCCAUUCUCUUCUUCUUAAUCACUUCUCCCUUCGCACAAACUCACCACCCAUUCCUUCUCAAGCCAAAAUGAAUUUCUCUCGCCGGAAAUACUCUUCCUUCCUAUCAACAGAACCUCUCGUCGGAAAACAGUCCACCGCCGCCGCCCGGCGGAACAACAACUUAUCCAUCAUCGCAAUCGUCUUCUCCGUCUUCCUCUUCGCCACUUUCAUCUACAACGAAGACCUAAAAUCCAUUACCGAAUUCCCCUUCUCCUCGAAACCCAAGGACUCCCCCCUUCCCCUUCUCCUCGAUACCACCGAAGAAUCGAAUAGGAGCAUUGAAGCCAUGGAUCUGAUAAGCGAGAAACCUAAUCUGAAGAAGAAGAAGAAGAAGAAGUGUGGAGAGGAAAAGAGGGAGAAGACGAAGGUGCCGAGAUUGAAGGAAGGUGGUCAGGAGGACAGGGCGUGGGUUUUGGAUAAAACGGUGGUGAGAUUAGCAGAGGGGUGUGAUGUCUAUGCGGGGGAGUGGGUGUACGAUAACGAGACGCGGCCUGAUUACAGAGAGGAGGCAUGUGAAUUCCUGACGGAGCAGGUUACUUGUAUGCGGAACGGUCGCAGAGACGAUUCGUACCAGAAAUGGAGAUGGCAGCCUAGGGAUUGUUCCCUCCCUGAGUUCGAUGCAAGGCUAAUACUGGAGAGGUUGAGAGGGAAGAGACUGAUGUUCGUUGGAGACUCACUGAACCGGAAUCAAUGGGAGUCUAUGGUCUGCCUCGUACAAUCAGUAAUUCCUCCAGGCAAAAAAACCCUCGUCAAAAACGGUUCACUCAAUACUUUUAGAGCUGAGGAGUAUGAUGCGACUGUAGAGUUCUACUGGGCGCCAUUUUUAGUCGAGUCGAACUCAGACGACCCAAAAAAGCACAGUAUACUCGAGCGAAUUAUAAUGCCAGAGUCAAUAGAAAAGCAUGGCAAGAAUUGGAAGGGAGUCGACUAUCUUAUCUUCAACACUUACAUUUGGUGGAUGAAUACCUUCACCAUGAAAGUCUUGAGGGGAUCUUUUGAAGAUGGGUCAACGGAAUACGACGAGGUAGACCGGCCAGUGGCCUAUGAAAGAGUGUUGAGGACUUGGGCUAAGUGGGUUGAUGAGAAUUUGGAUACUAAGAAGACUAUGAUCUUCUUUAUGAGCAUGUCCCCUCUCCAUAUCAAGAGUGAAGACUGGGGGAACCCAAAUGGCAUAAAAUGCGCCCUAGAAACACUUCCAGUGCUAAACUGGCCGCAGAGACCACUGGACGUGGGAACAGAUUGGCGAUUAUUCUACGCAGCUGUGCAUGUAAUAAGCUCCAUGCAGAAAGCUGUGAGCUUUGUGAACAUCACAGCCCUUUCAGAGCUUCGCAAAGAUGGCCACACUUCCGUUCACACUAUACGGCAAGGUAAAUUAUUAACAGCAGAACAACAAGCUGAUCCGAUCAACUAUGCUGAUUGUAUUCAUUGGUGUCUUCCUGGUCUUCCUGAUACCUGGAAUCAAUUUCUUUAUGCUUAUAUAGCCUCUCGCACGUUGAAUGCCUGACCUGUAAUAUCUCUUACUUCUUUUUUGAAAUGAUAGCUGAUGGAUUUAGUUAAUUGUUCUUCUGAUGUUGGUAGGAAUGGAGUGAUAAGGGGAAGUAUUUGGGUAGUAUAUAUUAGUGUUGAAAUUGUAGGAUUUAUUUUAAGACAAAUGUAAUAUAUGAGUGUAAUAUCUAGUAAA